CGGGUAGGGUUUGAAUGGAUAUCGCGUUGUUGGGAGGUUUGUUAGAAUAAACACUUAUGUAACAAUGAUCCACGAACUUCUUCUUGCUUUAAGCGGGUAUCCAGGAACCAUAAUUACCUGGAAUAAACGAAAUGGUUUGCAGGUCUCCCAAGAUCUCCCCUUUCUCCAUCCCAGUGAAACCAGUGUCCUGAACCGGUUGUGUAAGAUGGGCACAGAUUAUGUGCGUUUCACAGAGUUUAUAGAGCAACACACGGGACAUGUUCACCAACAAGAGCACCACAUGAGCCAGCCGAGCCAAAGUGGAUUACACGGGAUAUACUUGAGGGCUUUCUGUACCGGCCUGCACUCCAUAUUACAGCCUUACCGCCAAGCACUACUAGAUCUCGAACAAGAGUUUCUCAGUGAUCCGCAUCUCUCGAUUUCCCAUGUGAACUACAAGCUGGAACAGUUUCAAUUACUUUUCCCCUCUGUGAUGGUUGUCAUGGAGACCAUCAAAUCUCAAAAGAUCCAUGGCUGUCAGAUCCUGGAGACUGUUUAUAAGCACAGCUGUGGAGGACUUCCGCCUGUUCGGAUGGCCUUGGAUAAGAUUCUUGCAGUGUGCCACGGAGUGAUGUAUAAGCAGCUGGCUGCAUGGAUGCUGCACGGCUUGCUCCUGGACCAGAGCGAGGAGUUCUUUGUGAGGCAGGGCCCCAGCGCCGGAGGAGCCGCAGCGGCACAGGAAGAAGAGGAGGAGGAUCUCGGCAUCGGGGGGCUGAGCGGGAAACAACUUCGGGAGCUGCAGGACUGGAGGCUGAUCGAAGAGGAGAACAUGCUCGCCCCAUCUCUUCAGCAGUUCUCCCUGCGUGUCGAGAUGCUUCCCUCCUACAUUCCGGUCCGGGUGGCUGAAAAAAUCCUCUUUGUCGGAGAAUCGGUCCAAAUGUUUGAGAACCACAACCAUAGUCCCUCCAGAGCUGGUUCCAUACUGAAACACCAAGAGGACACGUUUGCUGCAGAGCUCCACAGACUCAAGCAGCACUCGCUUUUCAGCCUGGUGGACUUUGAGAAUGUAAUCGAUGGGAUUCGGAGCACAGUCGCUGAGCAUCUUUGGACUUUGAUGGUGGAAGAAUCUGAUCUUUUGGGACAACUUAAGAUCAUAAAGGAUUUUUAUUUAUUGGGACGUGGUGAACUCUAUCAAGUCUUCAUAGACCUCGCCCAGCACAUGCUUAAAACCCCUCCAUCAGCUGUGACAGAACACGACGUGAACGUGGCCUUUCAGCAAGCCGCUCACAAGGUCCUGCUUGACGACGACAACCUGUUACCACUCCUGCAUCUCACGGUUGACUAUCAAGGAAAAGACAACAAAGAGGCGCCUGGGACUAGAGAAGGCACCACACCUCCUCAGGAUUCUUCUCCUCGAGAGCCUCCUGCUACAGGCUGGGCUGCACUGGGACUGGCCUACAAAGUGCAGUGGCCCCUGCACAUUCUCUUCACACCUGCAGUGUUGGAGAAGUAUAACGUGGUGUUCCGCUACCUGCUCAGCGUGCGCCGGGUGCAGUCGGAGCUGCAGCACUGCUGGGCCCUGCAGAUGCAGCGCAAGCACUUAAAGUCCAACAAGACGGACGCGGUCAAAUGGAGGCUGCGCAACCACAUGGCCUUCCUGGUAGACAACCUGCAGUAUUACCUGCAGGUGGACGUCUUGGAGUCGCAGUUUUCGCAGCUUUUGCAGCAGAUCAACUCGACCAGAGAUUUCGAGAGUAUUCGUCUGGCUCAUGACCAUUUCCUUAGUAACCUCUUAGCCCAGUCGUUCAUCCUUCUCAAGCCGGUGUUUCAUUGUUUGAAUGAGAUUCUGGAUCUUUGCCACAAUUUCUGCUUGCUGGUAAGUCAGAACCUGGGGCCACUGGACGAGCGAGGAGCAGCUCAGUUGGACAUUAUGGUGAAGGGUUUUAGCCGCCAGUCGUUCCUGCUGUUCAAGAUCCUCUCCAGUGUGCGUAACCACCAAAUCAAUCCAGACCUAGCUCAGCUACUGCUGCGUCUCGACUACAACAAAUACUACACCCAGUCAGGAGGAACGCUGGGGAGUUUCGGGCUGUGAACAGAACCUGAGGACGAAUUCUUACAUCUCGACAGACGCUCAGAUCGUGAGACGUAAUGAUAUUUUACAUCUGCCCGUGUUUCCCAGACCCGUUGCUUUGCUUGUAAAUACCGCAACCCGAAUUAAAAACAAAUAAUAAACCCCAAGAGAAAAAAAAAAAGGAGACGCCAUUUA